AUGAUUGGUUUGGCUAGAUGUGGAAGGAUCGCCUUUACGUGCAUGGAGCAAAGAAAACUCAUGAAUAAAUGGGGAAGUAUUUUACGCCUUGAUGAUAGCUUAGGAGAAGACAUGUACAAAAACCGAAUUUGUAUUUUGACUACGUUUCAAAGAAUUAUUUCAGAAGUUGUGAAAGUUAACGGGAAUGAACCAUAUGAAAAUGAAGAUGUUAUUCCCGAUAAUAACAGUUUUGAUGAGAACAUUCAUGGGGAGGGACAGUUUUGGAAAUCUGAUGUAAUAAAACAAAAACGGCAGUUAGAUCCUGUUGUUGCUGCUGUUAGGCGUAAGAAGAAUCAAAAUUUUUUAUUUGUUGACAAGGAGCAGCCGACAAAUUCCAAGCUACUUUCAUCGCCAACUGCAUCUCCUGUUGCUGCUCUUCAAGCAACUUCAGCUACUUCUGCCAUUGUUCCGAUCACAACAGGGCUACAAUCGCCUGUUGUGGUGUUGACAGUUGCUGCUCAGAAAAAUGUCGUUGUUCCAGUGGGUUUUAGUGGAGGAUUUGGUUGGGUUUUGGGGGUGGUAGAUUCGGGGGAUAACCUUUUACAUCCACCACGAUUCUCAAACUUCAGAGGUUAUGAAGGAUACUCGGAGAAGUCUUUUACCAAUGGAUAUUUUUUAAAUGAAAUCCAGAAAACUUUGGACAUUGGGAAGGCCAUGGGGUAUAAUUUAGACGAGUGUUACGAGUGUGUAAAAGAAAUAGUUGAAGGUAACGAUGAUACGAGAGCGCUGAGGUCUUUUGGGGUAUUAACUCGUUGGUAA